CCAAUCGACCACCCAUGCCUUAAGGUUUGCCUCCUUCAAAUACGGUUAAUACUACGAGCAACAACAGAUCUUAUUCUCUUCUUGAAUUCUCUCGACGAUACUCGCUCUCUCUGAACAAGAUACAGCAAAACAAAUUCAAAAAUUAUCCUACGGAUCCAUCAAUGAGAAGUUCUUGGAUUUGUUUUACUGAAUCUCGAAACUAACUGAUAUUAGAUUCGUUAGGGUUUUUUGAGAUUGAAGAAUAAUAACUGUAGAUUUGUUAGAAUGGAUGAGGUGAAACAUCAUCACCGGAAAUCAUCAAAGAAAGACAGUUCAGAUAGGAAAGACAAGGAUAGGAAUGGUGUUGAGAAGAAGGAAAGGGAUAGAGGAGAUAGAGAUGGAGAUAGAGAAUUGUCUCGGCAUCAUCAUCAUCACCGGCAUCAUAGUAAGGAGAGGGAAAGUAGUGUGGAUGAAAAACCUAGAGAAAAAAAACAUAGAGAUAGAGAAUCUAAGAACAAGGAUAAGGAGGAGCGAAGAAGUAGUCGAGAAGAGGAACGGAAGAAGGAGAAGGUGAAAGAGAGAGAAAGAGAGAAAGAGAAAGAAAGGGAAAGAGAGAAAGAAAGAGCUGCUGUUGAGAAGGAGAAAGAAAGGGAAAGGGAAAGGGAAAGAGAAAGAGAACGGGCAAAGGAGAAGGAGAAAGAAAGGGAAAGGGAGAAGGAAAGAGAACGGGUCAAGGAGAAGGAGAGGGAAAGAAUUAGGGAGAAGGAGAAGCGAAGUAGGGAGUUAGAGAGAUACGAAAACAAUGACGAUGGGAAGGAACACGAUAGGAAACGAAGAAGAAGAGAAGAUGAUUAUAAAGAAAGAGAGCAAGAACGGGAGCGGGAAAGGAGCAGUAGGCACAGGGAUGAGAAUGAUGAGCGAGAGCGAGAAAGGAGCAGUAGGCACAGGGAUGAGAAUGAUGAAUCAAGAAGCAAAAAGAGAGGGGACAGUGUGGACGUCAAAGAAAAUGAUAGGACAAGAGAAGAGGACUUGGAAGAAGAGCAACGGAAACUUGAUGAAGAGAUGGACAAGCGGAGGAGGAGAGUUCAAGAGUGGCAGGAAUUAAAAAGAAAGAAGGAAGAAUCUGAGAGAGGAAAGCAGGAAGAAGAAGAAAAUGACGAAUCAAAGUCUGGUAAGAAGUGGACCUUAGAAGGAGAAGAGUCUGAUGAUGAAGAAGCUGUUCCACCUUCAAAAUCAGAUAAUGAGAUGGAUGUCGAUGAGACUUUGAAGCCUGUCAGUGGUGGUGAAGACACAAUGGUUAUUGAUUCUAAAGACGAGACAGAAGUCGAAAAUGGUGGUGGUGAAGGUGAAAAUGAGGAAGAUGAUAUUGAUCCCUUGGAUGCAUUUAUGAACUCUAUGGUGCUGCCAGAAGUUGAAAAAUUGAAUAACUUAGAGAAUACAUCUAUUGCAGUUGAUAGUAAUUCUGAACCCCCUAAGAAGCUGAAUCAGAAAGGCGGUCAAGUGAAUGGUGAUCAACAAAGGAAAGGUCGGAAAAAAUCUAUGGGAAGAAUAUUGCAAGGUGAGGAUUCUGAUUCAGAUUAUGAGGAUCAUCUUAGUGAUGGUGCUGCUCCAGAAGACGAAAAUGAUGACGAGUUUAUUAAAAGAGUGAAGAAGACAAAAGUGGAGAAACUUUCACUUGUUGACCAUUCAAAGAUUGAGUAUCCUGAUUUCCGUAAAGAUUUCUAUAUUGAAGUCAAGGAGGUAUCUAGGAUGACACCCGAGGAGGUGAUUGCUUACAGAAAAGAGCUUGAACUCAAGUUACAUGGGAAAGACAUUCCAAAGCCAAUUAAAACUUGGAUCCAAACUGGGUUAACAAGUAGGAUUUUAGAUACUAUAAAGAAGUUUGGUUAUGAAAAGCCUAUGCCAAUCCAAGCUCAAGCGCUGCCAAUAAUUAUGAGUGGUCGGGACUGCAUUGGUGUAGCAAAAACAGGUUCGGGCAAAACCCUAGCUUUUGUUUUACCGAUGUUGAGGCAUAUCAAGGAUCAGGCGCCGGUGGUUCCAGGGGAUGGGCCAAUAGCCCUCAUAAUGGCACCUACAAGAGAACUUGUUCAGCAGAUUCACAGUGAUAUCAGGAGGUUUGCCAAAGUGGCGGGAGUCACCUCUGUUCCUGUAUAUGGAGGCUCUGGGGUUGCGCAGCAAAUAAGUGAACUGAAACGUGGUGCAGAGAUUGUUAUCUGUACCCCAGGCAGGAUGAUUGAUAUUCUUUGUACAAGUAAUGGGAAAAUUACGAAUCUUCGGCGAGUUACAUAUCUAGUUAUGGACGAAGCUGAUCGAAUGUUCGACAUGGGUUUUGAACCUCAAAUUACCCGCAUUGUCCAAAAUACUCGACCUGACCGCCAGACUGUUCUUUUUUCUGCUACUUUCCCUCGCCAGGUUGAGAUUUUGGCACGUAAAGUCUUGACUAAGCCUGUUGAAAUACAAAUUGGAGGUAGGAGUGUUGUGAACAAGGAUAUAAGCCAAUUGGUUGAGGUGAGACCGGAGAAUGAGAGGUUUUUCAGGUUAUUGGAGCUACUUGGAGAAUGGUAUGAAAAGGGUAAGAUAUUGAUUUUUGUCCACUCUCAGGAAAAAUGCGAUUCUCUGUUCAAGGAUAUGCUUAAACACGGUUAUCCUUGCCUUUCCCUUCAUGGAGCGAAGGAUCAGACAGAUCGUGAGUCUACUAUUUCAGAUUUCAAGAGCAAUGUAUGUAGUGUAUUGAUUGCCACUAGCAUUGCUGCCAGGGGUUUAGAUGUAAAAGAACUAGAAUUGGUCAUCAACUAUGAUGUACCCAAUCAUUAUGAAGAUUAUGUUCAUCGUGUUGGUAGGACUGGUCGAGCAGGGCGAAAAGGAUGUGCAAUCACAUUCAUCUCAGAGGACGAUGCUAGAUAUGCACCAGAUCUUGUGAAGGCUUUGCAGUUGUCUGAGCAAGUUGUCCCUGACGAUCUUAAGGCUCUGGCUGAUGGGUUCAUGGCUAAAGUAAAUCAGGGGCUUGAGCAGGCCCAUGGGACUGGUUAUGGUGGAAGUGGUUUUAAGUUUAAUGAAGAGGAAGAUGAAGUGACAAAAGCUGCAAAGAAAGCCCAGGCAAGGGGAUAUGGAUAUGAGGAAGAAAAAUCGGACUCCGAUUCGGAGGAUGAUGGGAUUCGCAAGGCAGGAGGAAAUGAUCUCUCGCUCCAGGCUGCUGCUGCUCAUGCGGCUGCCAUAGCUGCAGCAUCCAAGGCAAGUGUGGCUGCUGUGCCUCCGGCCGUCCAAUAUCUUCCAAAUGGAGGGGUGGUCAUGCCCGGUGUUAUAGUCCCAGGCGGUCCUUCUCUAACUGGAGUUUUGCCCACUGCGGCAAAUCCUCUAGUCGAGGGGGCAGCUCGUGCAACAGCAAUAGCAGCAGCUAUGAAUUUGCAACGUAAUCUUGAGAAGAUUACAAGUGAUGCCAUUCCUGAACACUACCAAGCAGAAUUUGAAAUUAAUGAUUUCCCCCAGAAUGCCCGGUGGAAGGUAACCCACAAGGAAACUUUGGGUCCAAUCUCAGAAUGGACUGGAGCUGCCAUUACUACUAGGGGGCAGUUUUAUCCCCCUGGAAAGGUUCUUGGACAAGGAGAGCGCAAGCUCUACCUUUUCAUCGAGGGACCAACAGAAUCAUCUGUCAAGAAGGCCAAAGCUGAAGUGAAACGUGUUCUCGAGGACAUCACACGACAGGCAACAUCACUUCCCGGUGCUUCUCAACCUGGCAAGUACUCUGUUCUGUAGAGAACCUUUUACCAAAAACCACUACAAGACUGAACUUUAUAUGCCUUUCUCUGUGUCCUGGUUCCAUUUUCUUAAACUGCGACUUUGUUAGCUUAAAGAAUUGUAGUGAUAGCUGUAAUAGUGAUGUUUAUAUUCUGUCUAGAGAAUUUUGCAGUUGCAGAUUCUGAGAGUAGUCUAUUUUUAGGGAGUGCAACUUUGUGCACCCUGGUGAACUCCCCUUUUUAGUGGGGUUUUAUUGUAGACGGAAACAGGGAAUUUCAUUUCCAUAUUAAAUUACCAUUUCUCUCUUCCAGUAUUCUGAUUCCUCUUUAUUCUUCUCUUCAACUUCUCUCUAAGUCAUGCAAAAAACCCUCCUUUCCCCCUUUUUUUUCCUCUUCCUAUCUGAUCAUUUUUAACCAUUUUCAUUUAAUUAGCCAUUUUCCUCUUUACUCUCCUAAUAAAUAUUAGGCAGAGUAAAUUCAAGCACCGGACCUUUUUCUGGCAUAGUGAGUUCUCACCUCGCGAUUGCAUGUUGUAAUUUUGAUAUAAAAUAAUGUAAAACUGUAAAUUAUCUUCUGCUUGUAAAUUUGGCUUGUAAAGUUGUAGAUUCUGUACAAGGAACAUGUAAGCCUUAUAAUCCAACAAGGAUAUUUCCUUUGAUCA